GGAAACGCAUCAGUUUAGUGGUGAUGUUAUCUGUGAUGCUACAAAUGAUCAGACAGCAGUCUGAGACAGUCCCGCAGUGCACACUCGAGAACAUGUUUGUGGCAGUGAUGGAAAACAUUUUCUUGCUUGUGCUGGUCACUCUUCUCAGCGUCAUUCAGAAUGUGUUCUUCGCCUUGAAGGUUGAGAAAGAGUGCACCGGUCAACAUUCUAAAAAUUCUGCAGCGUUUGAGCGUUUGUCCUGUGCAAAUCGAAACUGCAUGGACACUUACCCAACAUUUCUGGCAGUACUGUGGUGCGCUGGUAUCUGCCUCAGCCAAGCUCCAGCUGCCUUUGCUGGCAUCAUUUACCUUGUGGUCCGGCAGAAGUACUUUGUUGGCUACUUGGGGCAGACUUGCCAGAGCACUCCUGGCUUCCUGUUCGGGAAACGCAUCCUCUUCUUCCUGUCACUCAUGUGUGUUGUGGGAAUCAUAAAUCACCUGAUGCUCACCUAUGGUGGCAGUGACUACAAAGAGUACAUCCAGACCAUCACCAAAGCAGCGUCAACACUUCUGCUCUUGCCCUGAACUGUGCAUGAGAGAUUUUUCUGCAGCUGAAAUGGUAGCGUUAACAGAUCAGUGUAGAUAAACUCUUUGGGUUAAUGGUUUGUCAGUUAGAGGAUGUGGCAAGAACAGUGUGAAGCGUUCACAGUGAUGGUCACAAAGGCAUUUAAUUGCAAUAUAAUAUGUACAUUUAAAAAAGCUUUACAAAACA